CAGUAAUUCGUCUACUAAUGGAUCCAGCGUUCACCUCAGACACAUGAGGCGUAGACCUACGGAAAUCAGUUUGAUUCCAUUUCGAAUCAAAGAACAGGGUGUGGAUGUAAGGUGACAUCUGGUAUCCUGAUAUUAUUAUGGACAUAAAAGUGGAAAUCAAUAAUUUCCUAAUAAUACAUUUGCGUAAAUGAAGUUAUACAAAGCGACACCAACCAUAGAUUUGGAAUAUUACGUUUCUAGAGAGCCUAAAGUCAUACCAACCUCAGAUAGGAUAUAAAAGAAAAUAACAUUAUGAUCAACGGGCUCUUCAUCUCCCAAAUGGAAUCAGCUGGUAUGGGACACUACAGCUGGAAUAGUACGUUUGAUUCUAAUACGUCAUCCGUAGUAUUACAACAGCCUAAGAAAAACUCUCAUACGAGAUUGGAAGAAGAGGGACAAUGGAAAACAAGUUUGAUUGGAUGCUGUGAAGACAUGGAAUCAUUUUUACUAUCAGUAUUUUGUCCAUUUUGUGUGUCAUGCGAUAUUGCAAACCAGAUUGGAGAGAACCCCUGCAUCGCUAUAGUACCUGGUGGGUUGCUGGCACUACGGACGAGAAUACGAACAAAGAAAAACAUCAAGGGCUCAUUGUGCGAGGACUGUAUGGUACAGUGCUGUUUUUGUCAGCUAUCUAUCGGGCAGAUGUACCGUGAAGUCAACACAGAUAAGACCAAGGGGCCGAGUGGUGGAUGGACAAUGGUUUAAUGUGACCUUUUUUUUUAAAGAUGAAGAAAUAGCUUUUGCAGAUAUCUGAUGCUUGAUAAUGAUUGAUUGAUUGAUUGAUUGAUUGAUUGAUUGAUUGAUUGAUGGACCGAUUGAUUGACUGUUCCCUGAUAUAACGUCAUUGUUAGUCGUGGUUUACUGUGAAGCAAGCUCAUAGAGACCUUAUUGGUAUUUCAUUACAUUUCAUUUCUUUGUCUCCAAAAUAUUAACAUUUACAAGAAUAGAAGCAUCAAGGAACAAGCACAAAAACAUAUGAGGCAGGAUACCCCAAACGUGAACUAAAUCACCGUCGAGAGAGUGUCGUUCACAAAAGAACAAAUGCUUGCACCAUAAUUUUUUUUUUAAUUUUCUGAUGAUUUAAUAAAAUUUACUUUCAAAAAUUAAAAUUUUACAUUUUAAAAUAUCUAACGCAUGAUGCACUA